UAUAAAUAUCCAAGUCCCGACCGACUCUGUCUGUCGCGUUACGCAGGCUCCUGGAUCCUCUGUUCCUCAUCCGGCUUCUCAUCACCGUGGCCUGCGUGGCCGGAUUCACGUACCAGGCGACCGACUUCUUCAUCAUGUACUUCAAGUUCCCCACCACCACCAACAUCCGCGUCGAGUCCAUGAAGGACCUCGUCUUUCCCGCCCUCUCAGUCUGCCUCAGCAAUUGGAUAGACAUGAGAAAAGUGUGCGCCGACGAGAAGCUGAAGGAACACUGUGCCGGAAACGCGACUUCGGUCAGCGCCGUCAUGGCCGCCAUCAGGGAGCACCGCAACCUGUCGUCACUGUCGCUUGACACCGGUGACGUCAUCAAGAGCUGCCACAUGAAGCCCACCAGCGGCUGCGAGCCGUUCGACUGCCACAACGACUGGUACAAGUCGUUCGUGCGGUUCCCGGACAGCUACUGUUACACGCUGGACUACAGUCGAAUCAGGAACGAGUCGCACCCGCUCAAGCGAUGCCGAUACCCUUGGGAUUACGAGAUGACAUCCGUGAUCGGCUGGGACGUGGCGAACGCCCUGGAGGCGGACCCGUUCGGCGCUGACGCGUCGGUGCACGAGCACGACACCAACUCGGCCGAGCAGGCUCACUCGCUGUUCUUCGAGCCGCAGUCGCGGUACAUCAUACUCGUCGAACAGCAAACGACGCUAGCGCUGCCCAAACCUUACCAGACGAAGUGCGUGAACUACGAGCUGAUGAAGAGGUCUAACAAGUACUAUGGCAUGAUGACGCAGAAUCUUUGCUACGAGCAGUGCCGCAUGAGACUGUGGAUUAAGAACUGCGGCUGCAUUUCCAGUCGCUACGCCUACAGGGAUCUGGAAGGAGCGCCCAUAUGCGCCGAAACUAAAACACGACAAUGCGCUGAAGUGGACGUGGCACAGAAGUUCACCAAGAAAUGCUUGAAGAAGUGCCGCCAGCCUUGCAAAGAAAUAACCUACGAAGUGCAAAUCACGGCUCAAGGGCAAAAGGAGAGCGCGCAGGAAGAAGAGGAAGUGGACUACGAGGAGGCACCUCCGAAGCGUCCGGAAAGCCAAUUGUUCACCAUAAACCUCCUCUUCGCCAGCGAGAAACAUACCAUCCUGCAGCACUUAAAAAAGUUUACGUUCAUCGAGGUGUUCGGCUACCUUGGCGGCUACGUGGGCAUCUGGUUGGGCAUGUCCUUCUUCUCUCUCCUCGACUCGCUCAUCCUCUACAUCCAGGACAGACAGCUGAAGAAGCUCGACGAGAACAGAAUUCGCCCCAUAGAGGUGGCCAGUCUAAGCAACGUUACAUCCAGGCGAUCCGGUUACUGAUAAUGCCGACGUUGCGCAUUUCCGACCAAGAAUACGGACAAAAGAAUGCACCGAGAAGUGCUGCGGCUGCUAUCCUCAUAAACAUAACAUUUUGGAUUUGUUUAA